GAACAACUGGAUUUCGUACUUCGUACAGUAGAUGGUCUUUUAAAGUUAAUUGGUAUUUACAGCAAGUUGCCUCAUACGUGCAAAAAAAUAUAUUAUUAUGAUUGAAGUCACGAAUGAGAAUUUUAACCAGGUGUAUCCGCACCUGGAGCAGACGUUAAAAAAUGCAAAUUUUAUUGCGAUCGAUGGAGAAUUCACAGGAAUAGACGGCGAUGAUGUAAAAAAUAGUUUAUUCGACUCCGUACACGAACGCUACGAGAACAACAGAAUCAACAUUCAGCCACACAUAAUAAUUCAAUUCGGUAUUUCGGCGUUUCAACGAAUUCAGAAUGAGAACAAGUAUACUGCGGAGGUUUUCAAUUUCUAUUUGCUGCCUAGAUCUAUUCCAUCGAAGGCCAGACAAUUUCUUUGGAGCAUACCGGCGUUAGAGUUCCUGACCGUAUAUGGCUUUGAUUUUAACAAACUUGCUUAUCAAGGUAUUUCGUACCUUGAUGAAGUUGACGAAGAAUUCUUACAGCAACAAAUACAAAAGAAUACGUUGCUCGACAAUGUGGAGCAAUCUAUAUCUUACAAAGAGGAAGAGGAUUUUAAAGAUACAGCCACUCAAAUAUUGGAAUGGUUGAAGACAGCUAGUGAUGAAACAGAUUCAUUUAAAAUUGAAUCCUGUACUCCAACUAUGCAGUAUUUUAUGCAAAAAACAUUAAGAAAACGUUUCUCAAAUAUUUGGACUUUCUCAGGGAAUAACAUGAUAACUGUGAUUAAAGUGCCACCAGAGUCGAGAAGAAUGUUGGAACAAGAAGAAGGCUCUAUAUUAGAAAACGUGUUGCUCGAGUCAUAUAUUGGAUUUUCAAAAGUAUUCAAGCUCUUAGUUACUCUGAAAAAACCUAUAAUUGCACAUAAUCCUCUUUUAGAUUUUAUGUUCAUGCAUCAACAGUUUUAUAAACCAUUACCACGAACGUAUAUUAAUUUCAAGAAUAACAUACAUCAACUAUUUCCAAUAAUUUACGACACAAAAUUUUUGAGCUUUGAAUUGAGAGAAAUUCUUCAAACAGAAGAAAAAUGGAAAAGUAAUGUAUUAAGUGAGUUAGUUACUCAUUUUACAACUAAUCAGGGAAAACGUAUACCAUUAGGCUCUCCUGUUGUUGAACUCGCAAAUUCAAAUAAAUUAGAUGAUAUUGCUGUUUCUAAGAAAUAUCAUACCGCAGGAUGGGAUGCUUAUUUUUCCGGUUACAUAUUUAUUAGACUAGCUCAUCUAUUUGUUUCAAAACGUUAUGAACAAAGUAUAAGUUCAAAGCACUUUACUCAUACAGAAUUAAUGAAUGGCGUAAAAGGCUUUGCAAACUGUUUAAAUAUCAUACGCGGUAAUACAUCACAUUUGAGACUUGAUGCACCUGAACCUAUAUCGACUCGACCAAAGUGGCUUUAUGUAAAAACGUUAGCAUCGCAAUCGAUUACAGCCUCACAGAUAGCUGAAAAAAUGUCGAGGUUUGGCGCCGUUGACGUGAAACAAUACACAUCGAAGCGUGCUUUAGUUGCAGUAGCAAAUCACAGAAGCGCACGAGACAUAUUGCAACACUUCAAGCAAAACAAGGAGCUAUACGUAGUCCCAUACAAUCCGAUACGGCAUUCGCCUUCAGUUCAACUUAUUCUUUGCGCUUUGAUUACGGGAUUAUAAAUUCGUGAGCAGUAUAGUCGUUUCUGGCGGAGUCUUUGCGUGGGUGCUGCAUCAGAAGUUUCAGAGAAGUUCUUAAGACUGAAUAUCUUUAAAAUUUAGCAAUUUUUUUUAUUAAAAAUUUUAUGAAACUGUUGACUUUAAUGAAGAUAAUAUGUAAAAUGAAGAUAAGAUACAUUUUUUAAUAAUAAUA